ACACCCGCUGCACAGACAGGAAAUUCUUAACCACCAAAUCCAAAGGGUUCGUCGCUCUCUCGAGCUUUCCCGGGGCUGGGAACACGUGGGCUCGCCAUCUGAUAGAGCACGCCACAGGCUACUACACGGGGAGUUACUACUUCGAUGGAGCCCUCUACAACAAAGGUUUUAAAGGAGAAAAAGACCACUGGAGAAGUAGAAGGACUAUCUGUGUGAAAACACACGAAAGUGGCAAGACAGAGAUUGAGAUGUUUGACUCAGCAAUCCUGUUGAUAAGGAACCCGUACAAAUCACUGAUGGCAGAGUUCAACAGGAAAUACGCCGGACACCUGGGCUAUGCCACUGACCGCAACUGGAAGAGCAAAGAGUGGCCGGAUUUCGUGAACAGCUAUGCCUCCUGGUGGGCCUCCCACGUGCUGGACUGGCUCAAGUAUGGGAAGCGCCUGCUGGUUGUCCACUACGAGGACCUGAAGCAGAGCCUCAUCCCCAAGCUGAAGGAGAUGGUGGAGUUCCUGAACGUGACAGUGACAGAGGACCGGCUGCUCUGUGUGGAGAACAACAGGGAAGGGAAUUUCAAGCGGUCUGGUGCUAAGCAAAAGGAUUUUGAGCCAUUCACCCAGGAAAUGAAAGAUCUUAUCAACAGAUACAUCCUGACAGUGGAUGAAGCCCUGAGGGGAAGAAACUUCACAGGGCUGCCCAGGGAGUAUGUGCCAAGAUGAUACUCUGGUAGCACUUUGCUGUGGUUAAAAAUAAAGUAUUUUUUUCUUAAAAAAUAAAAAUUAAA